UUCGCGCGGCGCCGGGGGGGCGGCGACGUGGAGGGGCCCGGACCUCGCCAGGCCCGCGCCGCCCCCGUCGGGCCGGGCACUUCGGGAAACUUUGCGCAGCCCCGGGCGGGGGCGCGGGGGGCGCCGGACGGGCUGUGCAACUUAGGCGCGAGGACCGUCCCCCCCAGCCCGGGCGCACGGGGACCCCGGGGCGCCCCCUUUCUGGGGUAGAGGGGGGCCCGGCCCGGGCGCCGGAUUUUGGGGGGGGGAGCGCGCGGGAGGGGCGUCCUUUUGUCUGCGCGGGGAAGGUGCCGCGCGCUGCAGGCGCUGGUCGGGGCCGGGCGGGCCGGUGGGGGGGGGGGGCGCGCGGGGAACAUCUGCUCCGCGUUAAUGCGGGGCGAGGCGGCGGCCGCGCUGCGAGCUUCAAAGGCUCCCGGGCCGCGCAGCCUGCACCGGCUGCGGGGGGGAGGGGGUCCGUCUUCCCGGGCCGCCUCCCCUCGGGAAAAAGGCGUUUCAGCGCCCCCACCCGCUUCGGCGCCGUGCAAAGUGGCUUCAAACAUUCUCCAAGUCUCUAAAAGUCCUUGGGACGCCCCAGAAGUCUUCCAGCUCCCGUAGAAUGCCCGUUUUAGCUCGCCACCCCCCAACUAAGUCUGUCUUAAAAUCGGUUUCAGCUACCCCACAAAAAAGUGCGGUUUCGUAGUCCUCAAAAAAAGUCAGUUUCACACGCCCUCCAAAAAAGAAAAAAACUGAGCGGGGGAGGGGCUGCGCUGGGGCGCCCGCUUCACACCCGGCCUCCAGUUGGCAGACAAAGAGGGGAUUUCUCUGCUUCUGAAGUUGGGUCUCCCUCGACCUCGGAGGCCCCUCCCCACCCCCAGCCUCGGAGGUGUCUCCCGGGCUGCCCCCAUCCCCACCUAGGGACCCCUGGGGAAAGUCGAGACUGGAGGGGCCUGGAGUGCAUUUCUUUGGGACGGAGAUUUUUCUCUGUACCUUUUUCUGGGGGUGGAAUGGGUUCCGGCAGGUGGAUCCCCGAUCCCCCAUCCCCCAUCCUAGAAUGGGUCCCCCUGGGACCACGCGGGGGCACCCUGGUCUUGGAACCCUCUCCCCGCUCACGGAGGGCAGGCAAGGGAUGUUGUCAAGUUUUGCUUAAAAAUAAUUCCCGGAUACAUCCCGACAGUAUAGCAACCUAGGGCUGUUUUUUUUUUCUUUUCUGAAUACUGUUGGGGUUUUUUGGGGGGAGGGAGAUUGAGGGUGGUGGGAAGCUUUGUUGGUCCCUGCAUAGGGUGCGCUUCCCCCCCCCCCCCCCGCACUUUAACUCGUGGAGCUUGUAAAAGAGUUUCGUGGUUUUCUGACUUGUGGGUUUCCUUCAUGUCGAAUUUGGGGGCGACCUGGUCUUCAACAGGCUGUGACAUCUGCUGGUGGGGGGGAAAUCACCAAAUUUCCUUCGGGGUACGGUAGGGCCGGGCUGUUCCUCCCCUUCCCGGGGGGUAGGGGGGCCUCAGAGGGGUAGGGGGGCCUCAGAGGAAGCCCGGGGGUGGUUGGAAAUGAGAGAGGUGGAGAAAGGAGAGGUUCUGGCUGCCCUGCGUGCAGUUUAAACUUGGCAACUUGAUGCCUUGGUGGUCCCUGGGGGAGUUAGGGAGUUUAUGUUUGCACACCCUCCCCCCAUUUUUCAGAUUGCCUGUGGCCUCUGGGGAGGGCUCUACGGGGACCCAGACUCUGGAAUUCCAGCUUCCCUGCUCCUGCUCCCAGGGCUCCCCCUGCCCCCAGGGCUCCGCUGGAACUCAGACCCCAGGGCAGUUGAGGGUUUUUUAGGCUGCUUCCCCACUCUGUGCUUUGACCACUCACACCUCUUCUCCCCUCCCUGUUUCUCCCUGUCCAUCUGUCCCCACAUCCACCAUGCAGGCUUUCCAGGCCUGAGGUGCCCGCCCUGGCCCCAGGAGAAUGAACCAGCCGCAGAGGAUGGCGCCCGUGGGCACAGACAAGGAGCUCAGUGACCUCCUGGACUUCAGCAUGAUGUUCCCGCUGCCUGUCACCAACGGGAAGGGCCGGCCCGCCUCCCUGGCCGGGGCGCAGUUUGGAGGUUCAGGUCUUGAGGACCGGCCCAGCUCAGGCUCCUGGGGCAGCGGUGACCAGAACAGCUCCUCCUUUGACCCCAGCCGGACCUUCAGCGAGGGCACCCACUUCACUGAGUCGCACAGCAGCCUCUCUUCAUCCACAUUCCUGGGACCGGGACUCGGAGGCAAGAGCGGUGAGCGGGGUGCCUAUGCCUCCUUUGGGAGAGACACAGGCGUGGGCGGCCUGACUCAGGCUGGCUUCCUGUCAGGCGAGCUGGCCCUCAGCAGCCCUGGGCCCCUGUCCCCUUCGGGCAUGAAGGGGGCCUCCCAGUACUACCCCUCGUACUCCAGCAGCUCCCGGCGGAGAGCGGCGGACGGCAGCCUAGACACGCAGCCCAAGAAGGUCCGGAAGGUCCCGCCGGGUCUUCCAUCCUCGGUGUACCCGCCCAGCUCAGGUGAGGACUACGGCAGGGAUGCCGCCGCCUACCCGUCCGCCAAGACCCCCAGCAGCGCCUAUCCCGCCCCCUUCUACAUGGCAGAUGGUAGCCUGCACCCCUCAGCCGAGCUCUGGAGCCCCACCGGCCAGGCGGGCUUCGGGCCCAUGCUGGGUGCAGGCUCGUCCCCCCUGCCCCUCCCGCCCGGGAGCGGCCCCGUGGGCAGCAGUGGAAGCAGCAGCACGUUUGGUGGCCUGCAUCAGCACGAGCGCAUGGGCUACCAGCUGCACGGAGCAGAGGUGAACGGCGGGCUCCCGGCUGCAUCCUCCUUCUCCUCGGCCCCCGGAGCCACGUACGGCGGCGUCUCCAGCCACACGCCGCCGGUCAGCGGGGCCGACAGCCUCCUGGGCUCCCGAGGGACCACAGCUGGCAGCUCCGGGGAUGCCCUCGGCAAAGCACUGGCCUCGAUCUACUCCCCGGAUCACUCAAGCAAUAACUUCUCGUCCAGCCCUUCCACCCCCGUGGGCUCGCCCCAGGGCCUGGCAGGGACGUCGCAGUGGCCUCGAGCAGGAGCCCCCGGUGCCUUAUCGCCCAGCUAUGACGGGGGCCUCCACGGCCUGCAGAGUAAGAUAGAAGACCACCUGGACGAGGCCAUCCAUGUGCUCCGCAGCCACGCCGUGGGCACAGCCGGCGACAUGCACACGCUGCUACCUGGCCACGGGGCGCUGGCCUCGGCUUUCACUGGCCCCAUGUCGCUGGGCGGGCGACACGCAGGACUGGUGAGCACUGGGCGAGGGUGGGGCUGGGCAGUGGGCGGGUACCUGGCUCCCCCUGAUGCGCCCCUCUCCCCAUGCCUGCAGGUUGGAGGCAGCCACCCCGAGGACGGCCUUGCAGGCAGCACCAGCCUCAUGCACAACCACGCGGCCCUCCCCAGCCAGCCAGGCGCCCUCCCUGACCUCUCUCGGCCUCCUGACUCCUACAGUGGGCUAGGGCGAGCAGGUGCCACGGCGGCUGCCGGCGAGAUCAAGCGGGAGGAGAAGGAGGACGAGGAGAAUACGUCAGCAGCUGACCACUCAGAGGAGGAGAAGAAGGAGCUGAAGGCCCCCCGGGCCCGGACCAGCCCAGACGAGGACGAGGACGACCUUCUCCCCCCAGAGCAGAAGGCCGAGCGGGAGAAGGAGCGCCGGGUGGCCAAUAACGCCCGGGAGCGGCUGCGGGUCCGCGACAUCAACGAGGCCUUUAAGGAGCUGGGGCGCAUGUGCCAACUGCACCUCAACAGCGAGAAGCCCCAGACCAAACUGCUCAUCCUGCACCAGGCCGUCUCGGUCAUCCUGAACUUGGAGCAGCAAGUGCGAGAGCGGAACCUGAAUCCCAAAGCAGCCUGUUUGAAACGACGAGAAGAGGAAAAGGUGUCGGGUGUGGUUGGAGACCCCCAGAUGGUGCUUUCAGCUGCCCACCCAGGCCUGAGCGAAGCCCACAACCCCGCCGGGCACAUGUGAAAGGUAUGCCUCCGUGGGACGAGCCACCCGUGCUCAGCCCUGUGCCCUGGGCCCAGAACGGCCACUCGAGACCCCGGGCUUCAUCCACGUCCACACCUCACACACCUGUUGUCAGCAUCGAGCCAACACCAUCCUGGCGAGGUUCGGCGUGAUGGGGGCGGCCAAGGUGACGCUGGGUCCAGGAGCUCCCUGGGGCCCUGGCCUACCACUCACUGGCCUCGCUCCCCCUGUCCCCGAAUCUCAGCUACCAUGUCACCCUGUGACCUGUCCCAUGGAUCCUGAAACUGUGUCUUGGCCCUGUUGCCUGGGCUGACAGGAGCAUUUUUUUUUUUCCAGUAAACAAAACCUGAAAGCAAGCAACAAAACAUACACUUUGUCAGAAAAGAAAAAAAAUGCCUUAACUAUAAAAAGCGGAGAAAUGGAAACAUAUCACUCAAGGGGGAUGCUGUGGAAUCCUGGCUUACUCUUCAAAAGCCACCAGCAAAUUGUGCCUAAGCAAAAUAUUUUUUUUAAGGAAAAUAAAAAGAACAUUAGUUACAAGAUUUUUUUUUUUCUUAAUGUAGAUGAAAAUUAGCAAGGAUGCUGCCUUUGGUCUCUGGUUUUUUUUUAAGCUUUUUUUUUGCAUAUGUUUUGUAAGCAACAAAUUUUUUUGUAUAAAAGUCCCGUGUCUCUCGCUAUUUCUGCUGCUGUUCCUAGACUGAGCAUUGCAUUUCCUGAUCAACCAGAUGAUUAAACGUUGUAUUAAAAAGACCCCGUGUAAACCUGAGCCCCCCUGCCCCCCCGGAAGCCACUGCACACAGACAGAGCGGGGACAGGCGGCAGGUGUUUUGUUUUUUUGAUGUUGGGGGUUCUCUUGGUUUUGUCGUGUGGAAAGUGAUGCGUGGGCGUUCCCUGAUGAAGGCACCUUGGGGCUUCCCUGCCGCAUUCUCUCCCCUCAGGAAGGGGGCUGACCUGGGCUUGGGGGAAGGGACGUCAGCAAGGUGGCUCUGACCCUCCCAGGUGACUCUGCCAAGCAGCUCUGGCCCCCAGGGCUACCCCACAUGAUGCCUUCCCCAGGCCCCCCUAAGCUGCUCUCCCUUGGAACCUGCACACCUCUCUGAAAUGGGGCAUUUUGUUGGGACCAGUAAUCCCUGGCAUGGGGACCACACCCUGGAGCCCAGUGCUGGGGACCUCAUGGACACCCUGCCCUUCACUCCUUUGCCCCAGGGACACAGGCUCAUGCUCUGCACUCUGGCUGAGGGGAUGCCACUCAGGAGCCAGCACAGGACACCCCUCACCCCCCAGCAUGUCCCCAUUACACCGGAGGGCCAUUGUGACAUAGACAGGAUGCCAGGGGCCUGGCCGGCCUCCCCCAAUGCUGGGGAGCAUCCCUGGGCCUGGGGCCACACCUGCUGCCCUCCCUCUGCGGGGUCCAAGGGCAAGAGUGGCUGGAGCCACUGACGCCUGGAGGUGGCUUGUCUGAGCCCCAUGAAGGCCUUGGGCUGCGCGUCCAACCCUGCUGCAGGACCAGCAGGGUGGCUCCUCGGGCCCAUCUGUGUCCCGUGUCCCAGCACCCAGGCCUCUCUCCAGGUCCCCUUUUCUGGUCUUUGCCAUGGGGGUAACCAGCUCUUCCCAGCUGUCUGGGGACUGUCUUGGGUUUAAAACUGCAAGUCUCCUACCCUGGGAUCCCGUCCAGUUCCACACGAAGUACGGCGAUGGUCACUGUGGCACCCACGUGUGGGCCUGGCUAGCUUGGGCGCCUUCAUGUGCCCUUCGUGCCCGUCUCUGCAUUGAGGCCUUGUGGACCCCUGGGCUGGCUGUGCUCACCCCAGCAGCAGGUCGGGCGUCUCCCGCCGUGCCACCCCUGAGACUCCCACCAUUACCCCCAAGAGAGCCUGUACUGCCUGACUCCCCUCCCUAGACUGGCUUGGGAGCCCGGGCCCCAUGGCAGAUUCAAGGGAAACCGCAAGGCCAGCUCAAGGCCUGGGAUCUGCCCCCAGUCCCGACCAGGCGGAGGGGAGGGGCUGUCCGACUGUCUCUCCCUUCUCGGAGGCUUCCCCUGCUCCCCGGGGGUUUGAUCUCUUAAGGGCAUCUGCCUCUCCCUCGUUUUGCUCCUGGCGCUGCCCCUGGGUCUGGGUGGGCAGUGGCCCCGUAGCCUCUGGAACUGUGCGUUCUGCAUAGAAUUUAAACGAGAUUGACCCACCUCAAGGAGGAAGAAACAGCAGUUCUGGGGGACCACAAUUAUGGGGGGGUGGGGGGGUGUGCUCUGAGUGCCUCAAGAUGGUUUUCAAAAAAAUUUUUUUUAAAGAAAAUAAUUUUAUACGUGUCAACACAGCUGGCUGGAUUAUUGGGACUUUUAAACGAUCCUCUUUCAAGUGGAUUCAGAGACCUGUCCUGUAUAUAACAGCACUGUAGCAAUAAACGUGACAUUUUAUAACGAU